GUUAUGCCGCGGCUAAUAAACGUAGGAGUUAAGAUAGCUUUAGACUUGAGUUGUAAAAUAAUUGCCACGCUGGCUGGUCGAUAUGAAGAUGUGGUAUUUGUACCUGUUUGUUUUGGUAAUCCAGUUGGCCCUGUCCUCAGCGAAUCACACCCUGUGCAGGCCAGAUCUUUGCAUUAAUUCGGAAGUCCAUGUGGGCUGUUUCCAUCACAAGCAACUUGCCCACAAGUGCGGCAAUGGCAACCUUGUGUUGCACGUGAACGGAGCCUUGAAACUCGGCAUUCUUGACAGGAUCAACACGUUGCGUAACUUUGUGGCCAGUGGAGCGGGUAACUACGCGGUGGCCGCUCGCAUGCCGACAAUGAGAUGGGAUUACACUCUGCAGAAGCUGGCCGAUCGCCAGGUGCGCCAGUGCGACGAGAACGGAAAGUACUGCGCCAACACUGAUAGCUAUCACUAUGUGGCCACCACCGAAAUCCGGAGCACGAUGAGCCGGUAUAGCAAAUUGGAGCACGAGAUCCUGGAUAAACUGCUGCCGGAAAUGUUCCUGGAUGUCCAGAUUCUACCCACCAACGAGAGCGCCUGUGUGGGCCACUUUGUACCUUUGAUCCAGGAUCGCGGCGCCCGGAUGGGCUGCGCCGUCCGCCUGAAGAACAGGUCCAAGAGCAAGUCGAACGUGAUCCUGCUGUGCCACUUUUCACGGGCCAACGUAAACGAACUGCCGGCGUACGAAUUGGGCACGCAUCCCGGCGAGAAGUGCGUCACCGGAUCGAGCCAGAUGUACAAGUACCUGUGCAACGUGGAGGAGAAGGUGGACGCCAACAGUAUGGUGGUGGACACCAUGAUGCCGCUCAGCACUAAGGGAGAAAAAAAAGACACAGACGGUUCAGUUGAGUUGAUGAUGGAGCGUAAAUAAAGUCACGAAAGUGUGUCCAAUGGUGA